CUCACCCGCAAACCAUCAUGUCGAUCUACACAGUGCAGGUAUCUGGCAUCUCCCCGUCGACGACGGAGGAGCACUUGAGCGAGUUCUUCUCAUUUUGCGGCAAGAUCGAAAAGCUAGACUACUCUCCCUCCGCACAAUCCGCUACUGUUCAUUUCGAGAAGCCUUCGGCUGCCAAGACCGCGCUGAUGCUCAACGGGGGCAACCUCGACGGCGUCAGCCUCACAGUGACGAGCGAGAGGGAACACCCAGACGAACCUCAGAAUGCGCACCACGAUGGCCACAUUGAACAGAGCGACAAGCCGAGGGCUGCGAUUGCAGCCGAAUACCUUGCCAGAGGCUACUCUCUCUCUGACAAUGUCCUCCAGCGCGCGAUCGAGCUCGACAACAAGCACGGCAUCUCUACGCGCUUCCUCAACUACAUCCAAUCGCUUGAUACAACCCUAGGCCAGAAGGCUCUCGGCCCUGACAAGACGAUCUCGAGCAAGGUGCAGGAGACGAUUGCAAACGCGACGCAGCAGGCGCGUACGAUUGAUGAGCAGAAGGGCUACUCCAAGCAGGCAAGUGACUACUAUGCCAAGGCGAUCCAGUCCCCGCUCGGUCAGAAGGUUUUCAGCUUCUACACCACGACGUCGAAGCAGGUGCUCGACAUCCACGAAGAGGCUCGUCGCAUUGCCGAUACGCUAAAGCAGUCAGGUGCUUCUGUGCAAGUACAUACAGACGCCUCAACUGGGGUGGGAAGUGCAGCGCCGCCGAUUGAUCCUGCUGUACACACCACGGAGAAACCGCUGGCGUAAUGUGAGAUCUUCGCUAAGAGGAGCAUGGAGGGAUUCGGCAUGAACAUUCUCAGUGCGCUGGGGAAUUUGGAAUGGAAAUGACACAACAGAUGGAAUGUUGAAAUGAUAUAUAAUGUCAAUAUAUAACGUCUAUAAAGAGCUUUUGAUACUCCGU